CCACAACUGUGACAAUGAAAACACCAAAGUUAGUUGAAGUUAUUUCGCGAACAAUGCCAACGAGCAAACAGCGGACAGGCGCAUAACCUCAGAAAACAGGUCAUUUGCUGCUGAGGAUCACCCUGUUCACAGGAGCCUCCCGCUGGUCUGCAGUAUUAUUGGACUCCCCGGUGAAUUAUUAACUGCGAUCAUUUGAGGACUCCCUCCAUGACAUCCUCAGAUGGACAAACAACAACAACAGGAGAACACCAAGGUCACUGUCAAUGUGGAAGGACCCUUUUUUACUUUAUAAAUGAGUAACUGAAGGAAACAAGACAUCAUGUACUGAUUGAAAUGCUUUUCUAGCUCAUCUGACCGGCCUGCAGCACUCGGAUUAAAUCAGCUUAGAAGCAAAGAAGUUGACCAUUAACCUCUCCCACUGAUAUCAAACACCUCUCCACCUAUAGGCAGCUGCUUCUGUGGCUCCUGAAGCAAAGUUCACUGUGGCAGGUGACAGAGGUCUGUCACACAGCAGGAGCUCGGUCCCUUCUCUGGCCUGUCCUCUAUUUUUCUCAGUUUUAAUAGGAUUAAAUCUGCAAUCAUGGCUACAACCAGUUAUGGAUACUACAGAGGAACUAUAUUUUUGGCCAUGUUUGUGGGCUACACACUGUACUAUUUUAAUAGAAAGACUUUCUCCUUUGUGAUGCCUUCUGUAAUGGAAGAGAUUGAGCUGGAUAAGGAUGACCUGGGCUUGAUCACCAGCAGUCAGUCUUUAGCCUACGCUAUCAGUAAGUUUAUCAGCGGUGUGCUUUCGGACCAGAUCAGCGCCCGCUGGCUCUUCUCCAUUGGCCUGUUCAUGGUGGGAAGCAUCAAUGUGUUCUUCUCCUGGUCUUCCACUGUCGCCGUCUUCGCUGCCCUGUGGUUUCUGAACGGCCUAGGCCAGGGCCUCGGCUGGCCUCCCUGCGGUAGAGUGUUGCGUAAGUGGUUUGAGCCCUCUCAGUUCGGGACGUGGUGGGCAGUCCUCUCCUGCAGCAUGAAUCUGGCUGGCAGCUUGGGCCCCAUUAUUGCCGCGGUGCUUGCCCAGAGUUACAGCUGGAGGACCAUACUGUCAGUGUCGGGAAUGAUUUGUGUGGUGGUCUCCUUCGUCUGCCUGCUGGUCAUCAAGAAUGAGCCUAAGGAUGUGGGGCUGCCCAGUAUAGAGGCAACAGCCAAGAAGAGUAAAGGAGGAUCUUCCAGUGAUGAAAGUACCCUGUCUGAGUUCCUGCUGUCACCUUACCUGUGGUUGCUGUCUAUGUCCUACCUGGUGGUGUUUGGGGUGAAGACAGCCUGCACAGACUGGGGCCAGCUGUUUCUCAUUCAGGACAAAGGCCAAUCUACACUUAUGGGUAGCUCAUACAUGAGCGCCCUGGAGGUCGGAGGCCUGGUGGGCAGUCUCGUAGCUGGUUAUCUCUCUGACAAGGCUGUGGCCAAGCAAGGCAUGAGAAUUUACGGCAAUCCUCGCCAUUUCAUCCUGAUGUGCAUGAUGGCUGGAAUGUAUGUGUCCAUGUACCUGUUCAGAGUCACAGUUACUCCUGACAGUCCCAAGAUGUGGAUAAUCAGCUUGGGUGCUGCUUUUGGCUUCUCCUCUUAUGGACCAAUAGCACUAUUUGGAGUCAUUGCCAAUGAAAGCGCCCCAUCCAACUACUGUGGAACAUCACAUGCCAUUGUUGCCCUGAUGGCCAACGUUGGUGGCUUCCUGUCUGGACUUCCGUUCAGCACCAUUGCCAAGCACCACAGCUGGGAAACGGCCUUCUGGGUAGCAGAGAUCACCUGUGGUGCCACCACUGUCGGAUUCUUCCUGUUGCGCAACAUCCGAACUAAGAUGGGCCACGUGGCCAAGAAAUCAGAGUGAAACACCUCAUGUUCCGCACUGGGAUGAAAACUGAGUAUUUUAAGCCAUUAUUGUAUUUUUCAUACACACACACACACACACACACACAUACAUACACUACCACUGUUUUUCUCAGUCAGCCUUAAGGGACCUAAGUGUAAUUGAAACUCAGAGAUACUUACUGCAUCAGUAACUCAACAAAGGACCAUUAUGUGUUAAUGACAGAAGCAUAAACUGGAGCCUGGUUUAUAAACGGGUAUAUUGCACAAUAUCUGUUUUUAAGAAAGUGUUGGAAUAAAAAAAAUCAUGAAUGCAAGACCUA